GAAGCUAACUAGUUCAGACGAAUUUUCUGCCUUAUAAUGUACUUUAUUAAUUGCAAUAUUUUGUCUAUUUCGCAAUAACAGACCGCUACCAGACUUUGAUGUUAAUUUAAACUUUAAAUGGCACAUUCUAACCCGAAAAGCCCAAUAUUUCCACGAGCCGUAGGGUCCAGCGAAAAAAACAUCCACUCAAGAUCGAAUUCUCCCACAAAUGCUAUAAGGAGUAAAGCUCUUAGUCCAGUUGUUCCAGAUGUUCAGAGCGUCAGUAGCUCUCAAAGUUUGAAAUCUUAUCCUAGGAAAGGAACAACACUAGGAAAUGCAAAUCUUACCAUGGAGGAACUUAGUCAUUUAGAAGAGGUUCUGGCGCGUUUUGAUAAGUUUCGACAAGUCGAAGAUACCCGUGUCAAACAUUUGAGACAAGAAUUGAUUGACAGACAAAAACUUCGCAUUAAGAAAUCUGAAUCUACUGGUGAAGGUCGGUGUAAUAAUUGCAAUGUUCUAUUUGUGCCUCUUUUGCAACCCGUUAUUCGAUGUGCCAAUUGCCAUGGACAUUUCUGCCGUAUGUGUACAGAAAAACUUCAUAAAACUAAUAUUAUAAUGUGCAAAUUUUGUCGAUUUGAAACCUUACACAAAUGUAAACUAGGCGUUUGGUUUACAGAGCAACUGAAACAUGCUCGAGCCUCUGGACGUGUAAGAGGUGUAAGUGGUCCAGAAGCCUUACGUUCUUCCAUGCUGCGCAUACAACGUCAAACAAAAACAAACAGUUCAUAUCGAGGCCAAGAAAUGGACAUACAAGUGAUGAACAAACAAUCAAAAUCCCUCCAUAAUUCACAAUCUCUGGUGGAUAGUGGUUAUGUUCCACAAAGGACACACUCAUGGAUUGAUGAUGAAGUUGGUCGCGCAGAUGACAACCAUCAUCACCUUCGAACUUUAUCACUAUCUCAGUCAUCCUCACCGCAGUUGCGUAAAACAAAUCUGCUUGGAGACGCAUCAGCUCCGCUUCAUAGCCAAAACACUGGACUCAGUUCAUCAGAAUGCUAUAGCCCAUCAAUUGGCAGUGAAACUGCAUCAGUAACUGAAAAGAAGAUAACUUCCUCUUUCACUGAUUUGAGACCCAGAAAAAUUCCAUCGAAGCAUCAGAAGCGUUUGGAUUCCGAUACAGGAAGUCGAUCAAAUCUAAGUAUAGCCAGUGGGGCUUUAUAA